AUGAUUCUUCUUCGCGUCGUGAGGCGACUUGGGCGCCGGCUUCUAACCAGAAGAUGGCUUGCAAUUCUUCCAGCCUUAGCUGGGGCGGCCGUAACAUGCGCCCUGCUUCUGUACCUCACACUUGCCUAUUAUCUGGCUGAUGACCCACGCCUGGUACCGGACAAAUUUCGCCACGCGCGUCGGCCAAUGCUUAUCACAGCACACCCAGAUGACGAAACUCUAUUCUUUAGCCCUAGCAUUCUCUACCAUCGACACGAUGCCCAUGUCACGCGCUCCUUGCUGGUGAUCUCCUCAGGAAAUUAUAAUGGGAUUGGUGAGCAACGCCAAACAGAAAUUCAUAACAGCUGUGCUGCAUUGGGUAUCUCCGCGGAUCACUGUGUGGUCUUGGACCACCCUGGACUUCAGGACAAUCCAAAGAAAUGGUGGGAUGAAAAGCUGAUUGAAGAAAUUAUUGCGCCUUACGUCGAAAAAUGGAAGGCGGACCUGAUCAUGACAUUCGACCGAGGCGGAAUCUCGGGCCAUAUUAACCAUAGAGCAGUCAGUGCCGGCGUGAGGAACUAUGUUGCAACCAACGAGCAUGCACCUCCCGCAUUCACUCUGCAAAGUACUUGGCUAAUACGGAAGUAUUCAUCAUUGAUCGACUUGAUUCCAUCCGCUAUCCCGUUUUUAUGGAAGCUGCUUAGGGCUCCUGUGUUACCCGCAACAAUACCAUCGAACCCCAAAAUUGUGGACCGAUCUCUCGCGCCAGAUACAGGGAAAGAUAGGGUACUCUUGGUGAGCUCGUGGCAGACAUAUCUCGAGUCUCGAGCUGCCUUCGGUCAACACGCGAGCCAGUACUCAUGGGAUAGAUCACUAUACUUAGUGAUCAGCCGCUACAUGUGGUUCAACACAUUGGAAAGGAUCUGA